AUGACUACCUUAAACCACACUGGUGUGAGCCACAUGAUCUUCUAUUUGCUGGGCAUCCCUGGCCUGGAGAACCAGCACAAGUGGAUUUCCAUACCCUUCUUCACGUCCUACGUCAUUGCUCUGCUAGGGAAUAGCCUGCUCAUCUGCAUCAUCCUCACGAAGCGCAGUCUCCAUGAGCCCAUGUACCUCUUCCUCUGCAUGCUGGCUGGAGCAGACGUCGUCCUCUCCACGUGCACAGUGCCUCAGGCCUUGGCCAUCUUCUGGUUCCAGGCUGGGGUGAUCUCCCUGGAUCGCUGCAUCACUCAGCUCUUCGUCUUGCACUCCACCUUCAUCUCAGAGUCGGGGAUCUUGCUGGUGAUGGCAUUUGACCGCUACAUUGCCAUCUGCUACCCCCUGAGAUACACAACUAUUCUCACACACUCACUGAUUGGGAAAAUUGGUAUCUUCAUCUUUCUGAGAAGUUAUGGUACAAUUUUUCCCAUAAUAUUUCUUCUGAAAAGAUUGACUUUCUGCCAAAAUAAUAUUAUCCCACAUACCUUUUGUGAACACAUUGGCUUGGCCAAAUAUGCUUGUAAUGACAUUCGAGUGAAUAUCUGGUAUGGGUUUACCGUCCUCAUAUCAACAGUGGUUCUAGAUCUUGUGCUAAUUUUUGUUUCCUAUGUGCUGAUUCUCCGUGCUGUGUUCCACAUCCCAUCCCAGGAUGCUCGCCACAAAGCUCUCAACACAUGUGGCUCCCAUGUCUGUGUCAUCAUCCUCUUUUAUGGCCCUGGGAUCUUCACGACCCUUACUCAGCGGUUUGGACGCCACAUUCCCCCUCAUGUCCACAUCUUGUUGGCUAAUGUCUGCAUUCUGGCUCCACCCAUGAUGAACCCCAUCAUUUAUGGGAUCAAGACCAAGCAAAUUCAGGAGCAGGUGGUUCACAUAUUAUUUGAAAAGCAGAAAUCACUUUGGUAG